AUGAAGUGUUAUGAUCUUGCAAAAUUCACUAUUUAUCAAGUGGCAGAAAUGAACAAAGGUGCCAUUGAAUUGAGUCCCAUACAGCAAGCACUCAUUUAUUCAUUUUGUGAAAAUCAUGACAAAGCCAUUCAGGUCUUGAAUGGGAUUGUGUGGAAUAAACCAGAAGUCACCAUGUAUUCCUUGUUAGCAAAAGCCCAAAUGAAGGCUAGGAAAAUCAAGGAAGCUAUAAAAAUGUUUAAGAAGGCAUUGGAAAUGUUUGUCCUUUCUGAUAAAGAUCCAAGUGCCGUAGAUAUUUCAGCAGACUGUCUGUAUCACCUGGGUAUUUGUUACAUGGAAGAAGGCAACUUACAAAUGGCUUUUGAUUCUUUUACAAAGGCUGUGAAAACAAAUCCUGACUUUGCGGAAGCCUUUUAUCAACGAGGACUUUGUAAAAUAAAACUCCAGAAGGAUAACUCAAUUAUAGAUUUUAAUCGUGCAAUUACCCUCAACCCCAAACAUUACCAGGCAUAUUUAAGCCGAGUAGCCUUCUACGGUUCUCAGGGAAGGUAUGCCAAGGCAAUUUUGAAUUGUAAUGAGGCCAUCAGGAUUUACCCUCAGGGCGUGCGGGCCUACCUCUACAGAGGAGUUCUGAAGUACUACGGCAAGAAUUACAAGCUAGCUAUUACAGAUUUAAGUACGGCUGUGAACAUGGACAAAAACAAUUAUAUAGCAUUUUAUAACAGAGCAUUAUGCUAUACCAGGAUAGGAGAGCUCCAACUGGCAUUAAUAGAUUAUGGAAUUGUGCUUCUUCUCGACGCUGGAGAAACACUGAUAUUCAAUACUUUCAUUAAUCGUGGGCUCAUUUACACAGAACUAGAGAAGUACAGCUUUGCAUUAGAGGAUUUUAAACAAGCUGCACAGAUGAAGCAGAAUAACGUGAAUCUUUGCCAAGCUGCUGCCAUGUGCCAUCACAGAAUAAAAGAGUUUGAACAAGCUGUCUAUUUGUUUAACUGGGCUCUUAAAAUUAACUCCCGUUUUCUGGAUGCUUAUGUUGGGAGAGGAAAUUCUUACAUGGAAUAUGGAUCUGAGGAAGCCACCAAAUAUGCUCAGAAGGAUUUUAUAAAAGCGUUGCGUCUUAAUCCAGCCUACACGAAGGCCAGAAUCAGUCUGGCCUAUAAUUUGCAGGCCCAAGAAAAAUUCCAGAAAGCCUGGAACCACUUUACCAUUGCCAUAGAAGUUGAUCCAAGGUGUUACCUAGCCUACGAGGGAAGAGGUGUGGUCUGUCUUCAAAUGGGUAAUAAUUUUGCUGCAAUGCAGGAUAUUAACGCUGCCCUGAAGAUCAAAACUACAGCUGAGUUCUUAACAAAUCGUGGGGUGGUUCAUGAAUUAAUGGGUCAUAAACAUAAUGCUAUGAAAGACUACCAGGCGGCAGUGUCUCUGGACCCCACGUACUCUCUGGCUUACUACAAUGCAGGGAAUAUCUACCUUCACCACAGGCAGUUUUCCCAGGCCAUUGACUACUUCUCGAAGGCUUUAAAGUUUAACCCAGAAAAUGAAUAUGCUCUCAUGAAUCGAGCUAUUGUAAAUACAGUAUUAGAAAAAUAUGAAGACGCAAAAGAAGAUUUUUCAAGUCUAAUUGAACGUUGUCCUUCUUGGGCUGCAGUGUAUUUUAACAGAGCACAUUUGUACUGCUGUUUAAAGCAAUAUCAAUUAGCUGAAAAAGACCUUUGUCAAGCCUUAUAUUUGAAGCCUGAUGAUGCUCUAAUGUAUAAUCUCAGAGCAGAAGUUCGUGGUAAAAUAGGUCUGAUUGAGAAAGCUGUAACUGACUAUAACCAAGCACUGGAUUUUGAAAAAUCAAGCUACAUGAUUAAAUAG